AUGUUACCAGCAGGAAUUUCUGUUGUCCUUGUGUUGAUUGUAAUGCUUGUUCUCAUGCGGAUGUGCAAGCGGAAAAAAAUAGCACUCACAGUUGAUAUUUCACCACCAAUUAGUGAAUGCAGGAGAAUUUCUUACACACAACUUGAGCGAGGAACGAAUUCAUUUAGUGAAACCAACCUACUUGGAAGAGGUAGUUUUGGUUCUGUGUUUGAAGUAACUCUUUCUGAUGGGCUGAAAGCUGCAGUGAAAGUGUUCGACUUGGAAUUGCAACGAGCAGCAAGGAGCUUUGAUGUUGAAACUGCCAUAUUGAGUAGCAUUCGACACAGAAACUUAGUUCGAGUUAUUGGAUGUUGUUCUAAUAUGGAGUUUAAAGCAUUAAUUCUCACAUACAUGCCAAAUGGAAGCUUGGAUAAAUGGUUACACUUGGGUAUGUAUAGUCUAGAUUUUAUACAGAGACUGAAAAUAGCAAUAGAUGUUGCAGCAGCAUUGGAAUAUCUUCACCAUGGCCAUACAUUCCCAGUUGUUCAUUGUGAUAUAAAGCCAAGCAAUGUGUUGCUUGAUCAAGACAUGACUGCUCAUCUUGCUGAUUUUGGUAUUUCCAAGCUUUUUGAUGGAGGAGAAACUUUCAUUCAAACACAAACAAUGGCAACGAUCGGUUACGCAGCACCAGAGUUUGGAAUGGAGGGCAAAGUGUCAACAAAUGGGGAUGUAUACAGUUUUGGGAUACUUCUGCUGGAGAUGUUCACAGGAAAGAAGCCAACGGAUGAUAUUUUCAGUGAAGAAAUGAGCUUAAAAGAGUGGGUAAGUAAAGCAUUAGAGAAAAAUGUAGUAGCUGAAGUGGUGGCAUCUGCUUUGUUAAGGGAAGAUCAGCAUAAAUUUGCAAAUGAGAAAUGUUUCUUGUCAAUAUUCGAAUUGGCAAUGAAAUGUUUAGUCAUUUCAGCCGAUGGAAGAAUCAACAUGAUUGAGGCAAUGGCUGCUCUGCACAAGAUCUAUGCAACAAUUAUAGCUGGUACUAUAUUCCUAUAA